CUGAGCAGCUCCACACACUGAGCCUCUCACAGGGACUAUGGCUGAAACUGCUCCCGCCGCCGUCCAGCCUCCUGCAGCCGCCACCGCUUCGCCCAAAGCCGCCAAGAAGAAGCGCGUUGCCCCGAAGCAGAAACCCGGCUUCAACCUGAUGGAGGAGAUCAAGCAGAUGGUGGCGAGCGCUGAGCAUCGCAGGGGCUUGUCCGUGGUCGCCAUCAAGAAGACUCUGGACGCCAAAGGCUACAAGCCGGAAACUCACAAACACCAGGUCAGGGCUUCUCUGAAGAGACUGGCAGACAGAGGUAUCCUGAUCCAGACCACGGGCAUCGGCGCCACCGGCUCCUUCAAACUCAACAAGGACAACGCGGCAAAGAAGCCGACCCCGCGGGGGAAGAAGGCAGCGGCCGCCAAGAAAGCUUCUCCACGGAAGAAACUUGCAACAAAAAAGCCAAGUUCACCCAAGAAACCAUCUGUGCCCAAGAGAGUCCACAAAGCCAAGUCUCCCGCUGUCAAGAAGACCCCGAAAGCUGCCGUGAGUAAGAAGCCCAAAUCGGCCAAAAAACCUGUAAAGAAAGCGGUGGUAAAGAAAGCUGUAAAGAAGCCCGCAGCCUCAAAGAGACCAAGCGGCAAAACCGCCAAACGUUUCCCCAAAGCGCCGGCGGCUAAGAAAACACCAGCCAAAAAGAAGUAACUUCUCCCCUCUGCUGAUAUUAACCCCCAAAGGCUCUUCUCAGAGCCACCCAUUCCCUCCCAAACGAGCUGCACCUAACGAAUGAUUCUGGGGUGAGCAGAGUGUCUGUCACAGGAGAGCAGAAACAUAGACAUAAACAGCAGGUACUGGGACCUUUGGCGUGUGUCCAUGGCAGCAUCUUGGCACCUGAGUCGGUAUGAAUCCGAGUUAGUCCAGUGGUUAGUAUCUCCGCCUGUCACGCGGGAGACCGGGGUUCAAAUCGCCGACAGGGAGGUCGCUUUAGUCUCUGUUAGUUACCAAACAAGCAUUCGUAAAAGACAACAAUGAUAUCUGUGCCCAGUAACCAACGCUGCUUCUGAACGGUUUGGAACACACUGAGACCAAGUGUGUCAAGAGCAAAUAUCCCCACAAAACAUCAACUAAACAUCUUUUGCUUUUCACCUCAAAAUAUUAUUUGCCCGCUAUGUGUACAUCAAAUUUACCUGAAACGGUACAGACAGUUAUACAGAGACCAGGCCAGUUUACCGAGACCAGACCUGUUAUACAGAGACAAGACAGACAUUCUGAACUGUAUUUGAAUUGGAUUUCUCUUUACUGGGACUAUUCUGCUUAAUUAUGAGCCCAGUAACCAUUGUUGCAUUAAAUAUAUAUUGGCAUUAGCAUUUAUUAGUAAAUAAAUGCAACAAGUUUCCACUAUUGUGCUUUAUCCUCACAGGCCUUUGUGUUGCUUUGAGUAAUACAGCAUUAACUUGAGAGUUAACUCUAUAUAACUCAAAGCAACACAACCUGCUGUCCUGCUGUCCUCCACAGCCCUGCUGUCUUGUGGGGUUUGGAAGAUCUUACCAUCAGAUAAGGAAGCCAGUCUCCGGGCUGCAAUACCGAGGCUGACCACAGGGGAAGCAGAUAUUUCUGUCUCUCAGGGUGAAAGCUCAGGUGUAAACCUGCAAGAGAGGAAACUGGCAGAUAAUAUUUGUGCAAAUUAAUUUAACUGACGUGAAGUCUGAGAAAAUAAAACCUUCAUUCCAGGUGAAUUAAUACAUGUCGAUAAACUUUGAAGUUAUGAUGAACUGUAGUCCUGUAGCUCAGUGGUUAUUGCCCUCGCCUUGCCCCUGGCUUCAAAUCCAGGCAGGGAGACACCUUGGGCAAGUUUCCUCACUCCACACACCUAAUAAUAAUCCCUCC